UUUCACUUGCUUUCUUGCUAACUGCGUUGAAUUUGAAUAACGAAAGCGACUAGAAUGGCAAGAAAAUAUCCGUCAGAACGCCUGGAGGACGUAUUCCAGGAAGAGAUCGUCCAAGCUUUUCCUAAAAUCGUCAACUUCAACAGAUUCGCUCGUUCCAGCGCUGGGCUGUGUUUGGAUAAACACGAAUUUGAUCACAUUGUCGAAGACCAUGGAAAAUCUGUUGAAGAGCAAAAAAUGCAAAUGCUGAUGAAAUGGAAGAAAAAUGCAGGUUCUGCGGCAACUGUUUCAAAGAUUCGAGCUCUUCUUCGUGGAUACCAAGCCGGCGAUUCUAAUGAAGAAGCGACAAAAGUCUUCAACGCAAACGAUGACAAUGUAAUUAUCUUGUCUUUCUUCGAUGAAUUCCGCUUCUACAAACCAGCAACAAAGGAAUGGCGUGAAUGGAAGAACAUAUCCUGGCUCUCCGAUGUCUGGUAUUCUAUUAUUGCAAUGGAUGGUUAUCUCUAUGUACUCGUGGGAAAUUGUGAGGUUCGUCGUACGAAAUACGCUGAUCCUAAACCAAAAUGGGAAAGACUGUCGGAUAUGAAAUGCAAUCACGGACUUUGGCCACCCACAGUUGCAAUAAAUGGGUGCAUCUACGUGUGUGGUGGUCGGGGAUCGAACAGUCGUUCAGUCGAAAGAUACAAUCCAACGAAUAACGAAUGGCAACAGUUGGAAAGCAUGAAAAUAGAAAUAGGUGGACCCACAGUUGUGGCUGCUACAGGACGUUUGUAUUGUUUCGCUAGAUUUAAUGAAACCCAUCAAAAGUCCGAAAGUGGCGAAGUGUUCGAUCCUGAAAGUUCAAAAUGGGAGUUCACUGCACCAAUGCCUAUAGGGAUUGGCUAUGCAAAUGCCGCACAGUCAAACGAUUUCAUAUACAUCGUAGGUGACCGAAUACUUCUUUGCUAUGAUAUAAACAACAAUUCGUGGGAGAAAAUAUCUUUGCAAAAUCAGUUACCGGAUUUUGAUUGGACCUUCAGGCGUAUUGUUGCUCUCAACAACGAAAUAUAUUUUGUUAUAUAUGCGAAAAGUACAUAUUCCUUGUACAAAUUUGAUCCAAAGACAAAUCAGACCGAACACGUUGAAACAGAUAGAAGAUUCUUGUGCGCAUCAAUCACCGUCGGACAUGUGUGACAUCACGUCAGUGAAGAUCCAGAGUUUUCUUACCGAAAACAAUGUGUGUUGUUGAAGUUAUAUAAUUAAUGUAUAUAAUGUUUGAUGAAUAUAAGUCAGGGCACAUAUGCUGCCGUAGUAUAGUUUGAAAAUCACACGACUCAAAUUUAUUCAAUUGAAUAUGUUUUGAGGAAAUUCCGAAAUGCGGACAGCAAACCAUUCAAACAAUGUCCAUUAGUUUGUUUCCAAAAGUAUUAUAACAUACAUUCCAGGUGAACCUGUCAUUAAGCAUAAAACAUAAGUAAUAUUCUUAAUAUAGGUGAUACGUCAUUGCCAGUUUUAUUUUGCUAUUUCAUAUACUGGCCAGUGACAAUAAAUGUUUGUUCGCCAAUUUAAUAUUAACAAUUGAAAAAUAAAUAGGAGUUUUGCCAAAUUUGCUAAUGGAUAAAACUUUUUUCAAAACGUCCCCGUAUUGUGAU